GACUGCUACACUUCGCCCGUACCUCAACGCAGUUCGCGCCACUUUACAGGCAGCGUUAUGCUUGGAAAACUUCUCAUCCCAAGUGGUGGAGCGACAUAAUAAGCCCGAAGUGGAAGUCAGGAGUAGCAAAGAGCUGCUCUUACAGCCAGUGGUUAUUAGUCGAAAUGAGAAGGAAAAAGUACUCAUUGAGGGAUCUAUUAACUCUGUGCGUGUCAGCAUUGCAGUAAAACAGGCAGAUGAAAUUGAAAAGAUCUUAUGUCAUAAAUUCAUGCGCUUCAUGAUGAUGAGAGCUGAAAAUUUCUUUAUUCUGCGCAGAAAGCCUGUAGAGGGAUACGAUAUCAGCUUCCUGAUCACAAACUUCCACACGGAGCAGAUGUACAAGCACAAACUGGUCGACUUUGUGAUUCAUUUCAUGGAGGAGAUUGACAAGGAGAUCAGCGAGAUGAAGCUGUCAGUCAAUGCUAGAGCACGUAUCGUAGCCGAGGAGUUCCUGAAGAAUUUUUAAUGAUUGUGGAUUGGCUGCAGGAUGUGACUUCCUCAUUUGCUCCAGGAUCUCUGCGUUGCUGCCGUCAUUGGCUGGGCAGGGGAUAUUAGGGCCAAGGGAGGGGGCUUGCAUUUAAAUGCAGAUUAAAGAGGCAGUGAAUGUCUGUCGAAAGAUACCUCCAGGGGGAAAAUGUACAUGGCAUUUACCUUCAUUCCAAAAUCCCCCACAGGAUGGGACAGAAAUAUUUUUUAUUGUUAUUUUGAGAGAAAAAUGAUGUGCUUGUCUGAAUCUGUAUUCCUUUUUUUUUAUCAUUGCUUCUAUUUCCUUCUGCAGCCUCUUCAAAAGGGCCUCCCAAUUCUAUCCGUAAAAGCCCCCAACUGGAAUCUCAGUGGCACUGAAGGGGUUAGCUUGGGUUUUCAUCCUAGAUACUCCCUAAAAAAAAAAAAAACUUUAUUAAGGAACAAAAAAAAAUAAAAAUCUGCCAAGGAUUGAAUGAUAAUGUUGUACAUCAGCGGGGUCUGUACUACGUUCCUACUAAGCUGCUGCCCUGCCACUUGUGUCCGCACAGGUUUGUUAAGUAGAGUUUGGGCCCAAGCGGGGAUAACACAUACUCCAUAAUACUGCCAUAGUAUCUAGAGGUACUGUAAUCCUUGUUUUCCCUGUUACUGUGGCUAUAAUGUGCUCUUGUACAGCGAGGAGCUCAGCCUUGGGCUCUGAAUCAGGUAGUAGCUUCCCCCCCGGUGGGCCUGACACACAGACUGUUGCCAAAUGAUACAGUUGAACCUUGUCACGUACUCGGAAAGGUUUACAAGGAGCUUAGUACCCGCAACACAAUGGAAAUUGGAAAGUUGUAUCUCCUGUUUCUUCUGCUUUUUUUGCACUUACAGUAGAUUUUUUCUUAUUCAAAAAUAAAGCCUUUUGUCCUGUC